ACGGGACACAUCGACGGUUCGUUGAAUCCGUUGAGCUGAAGCCAAACAAACAUGCGGCCGUGUCUGUCACUGGAACCCAUCACCUCCCCUUCCUUCUUAGCGGCAACCACUGCACGAUUCUCAAUCCCCUUCUCCUCCAGAGUACCCCAGUCCGUGGUCUUCGCAUCGCCCAGAGAUUUCAAUCUCAAGUUCAGGCCAUUCUCGCCCAGCUGCUCUGACCCCGAUGGCUCGAUUACACUGCACGAGAAGGCAGCCGAUGGGGAAGAUGAAGAGGAAUUCCGGGAUCCGGACACCCUGUCGGAGGGGGAAGCGGAAUCUGUGUCGGGGGACGGGGUUUACAUAGAGAUUACGAGGACGGGGAAGAACACGAGGAGGAUUUUGUCUAGAAUCGGAAUCGACGCGACCCUGGAAACCAUUUGGGGGAUCUUGACGGACUACGAGAGAUUGGCUGAUUUCAUUCCGGGUCUUGCCGUGAGCGAACUGAUGGAGAAGGGGGAGAAUUUUGCCCGGCUCUAUCAGAUAGGAGAGCAGAACUUGGCAUUUGGGCUGAAAUUUAAUGCCAAAGGAGUUGUCGAUUGCUAUGAGAAGGAUCUCGAGGAUCUGCCGAAUGGCCAAAAGCGUGAUAUCGAGUUCAAGAUGAUUGAAGGCGAUUUUCAAGUAUUUGAAGGAAAAUGGUCUAUCAAACAGUGGCAUGGAGAAGGACAUGAAGACUCUGACCUUACAUGGGGUCGAGAAUUCCAGUCAACUCUUUCGUAUGUUGUUGACGUGAAGCCGAAGCUGUGGUUACCUGUGCAGCUUGUUGAAGGGAUACUCUGCAAGGAGAUAAGGGCAAACCUUGCAUCCAUUCGAGAAGAAGCAAAUAAAGCUAUUACUCCACCUGCUGCAUCAAUACAUCCCGCCCCUCAGUGAGAAAUGCAUUUCUUUCAACCCGCAAGCUAAAGGCAGAUAAGAAAUGCUUUCUUUUGACUUAAGGCCUUAGGCAGAGGGAAGGACAUUAAGACUUGAUGCUUGACACGGUAGAGGUCUUGAUCUCACGUCUUCAGGUAUCAUGGGGAUGGGAUUUUGUUCUAACUUCUUUUGUUAAGAUUUCAAUGUUCGAAGUAUGCAAGUUUAAUACAUUUAUUAACGGAAAAAUUCACAUGUAUACACAUGUAAGUAUAUGUACUAUGCAAGAAACAGAAGUAUAAUUUAUUUGAGAACUAAACGAAAUUA